ACAGGAAGGGGCUUGCAACAUGCUUGCCAGAGCCAGGAGAAACGGGAAUGGGUUGCUCACUGUCCGUGCCCUGCUAUAACCCAGUAUUACUUGUUAGGAACAACGUGCAAAACAAAGCACUGCGGUUUGGAAUUGUCUUUCCAGUUGUUUGUGACACUUAAACUUACCAAGCACGGUGAAACUCGGAGCCUUUCUUAGAGGGAGCAAGCAGCUCAGUGCCAGACAGGGAGCACAGUCUGUGAACUGCUCCACAGGAAUGGCAGGAAUUUAUGUAGUUUUAAUGUUAAAACUUUUAAUACCAGCCGUGGGUUAAUACCUGUACUCAGCAGACCCAUCAGUUCUCUCUCUCUCUGCUUUAUCACCGUGGCAUAACUGCUUGUGGAAGGCAAAGACCGUUUAUGAUCGGUUGACUGAAAGGUCGAGUGCAGUUUGAGUGAUAACACAGAUUAAAAAUAAAUGCUGGUUUAUAAGGGCACUUCCUCGGGCACUGUGGCACAGACUUCCAGCGGUGUGGAGUGUCAGCUGCCCCGGGAAUGUCGCUCCCCAGCGCCGAGCGCUGCUCCCCGGAGGAGCCCCCGGCGGAGGAGGAAGCGGCGGCGUCGUCCCCCGGCUCCGAGCCCGCCGCUCCUGCCGCUCUUCCCGCUCCUCCUCCCGCUCCUCCCGGCGCCGUGCGUGGGGCGGGGCCGGCGGGGCCGCGCUCCUCGGGCCCGGAGCGGCCCUCGGAGCCGGCGGCGGGAGCCAUGGCCGAGGCCGAUCGGGAGCUGCGCGUCCCCUUCAUCGAGGCGGAGGAGACGGAGACUGAGAAUGAGACGGAGGCGGUGGCGGUGGCGGCCGGCGGCGGAUGGCGCUGCGGGCGCUGCGCGGACGGGGCCGCGCUGCGCUGGUGCAUCACCGGGACGCUCUGCGCCUCCUUCUUGGGGCUGGGGAUGAGCAUCGCGGUGCUGGGUCCCACCUUCCCCACCCUGGCCGCCAAUGUCGGCAAGAACGUCAGCGACAUCUACUACAUCUUCGUGGGCCGCUCCCUGGGCUCCCUGGGCGGGUCGGUGGUCGGCGGGGUGCUCUUCGACUGCAUGAACGCCGCUCUGCUGCUCGCCUUCUCCAUGCUUGGAACAGCGGCUGGUCUUUAUGCCAUACCCUGGUGUAAGGAAUCCCUGCUAUUGACCAUCUUGAUGUCAGUUAUUGGAGGUUCCAUGGGAAUUCUGGACACAGGUGGCAAUGUAUUGGCACUGUAUACCUGGGGAUCAGAGGUUGGGCCACACUUGCAGGCUUUGCACUUCAGUUUUGCUGUUGGUGCAUUUCUGGCUCCUAUCGUGGCUCAAAUGGACUUGGGGAGUUCUGAAUCUCCAGAACUUGCAGGGGCUGAAAAGACAAACCAGUCUGUCCUCAAGUCUGUGCCGACAGCAUCAGCUGCAUCGACUACAGCAGCACCGAAUGAGCAUCACAAUGAAAGCUUUUUGUGGUCCUAUAUUUUCAUAGGGACCUAUAUUCUCUUAAUUUCCAUCUUCUUUCUUGUGUUGUAUUCAAAGAGCAGCUCAACUAGAGACAAAUCAAAGGCUUCUGUGCAGAAGGACAAGCUUGCCAAAUACCACUGGCCUCUAGUUGGUCUCCUCUUCGUAUUCUUCUUGUUCUAUGUGGGAGCUGAGGUCACCUAUGGCUCCUAUGUAUAUACUUACGCAGUGGUCUUUGCUGAGAUGAAGGAGAGUGAAGCAGCUGCUUUGAAUUCUGUCUUCUGGGGCACGUUUGCAGUGUGCAGAGGAGUGGCGAUAUUCGGCGCUGCUUUCCUGUCCCCUGCCACCAUGAUCGUGAUGAGUCUCCUGUGCUCUGCUGCCUCCUCCACAGCCCUGGCCUUCUUCGCUCACUACCGAGCGGCGCUGUGGGCGGGAACCGCCGUGUACGGAGCAUCCAUGGCCACCAUCUUCCCCAGCGGCAUUGCCUGGAUCGAGCAGUACACGGUGGUGGAAGGGAAAACGGCUUCCCUGUUCGUGGUGGGCGCGGCGCUGGGCGAGAUGUGCAUUCCUGUGGCGGUGGGCUAUCUCCAAGGCAGGUACCACCAUGUUCCUGUCGUUAUGUACACCGCCUUUGUCACUUCUGUAGUGACGGUCCUGCUCUUCCCCGCCAUGUACAAACUGGCCACCUGGCCCCAGCAGCGUGACUCGCAAGGAGUGAGUGACAGGGAGACCCGGAAAACUUUGUUGUCGAACUCGAGGCUUACUGAGGAUGAGGAGGAGGAGGAGCACGUGAGAGAGUGGAACGAUACAGACUUUGAGGUAGUAGAAAUGAAUGACAAGCUGACAAACUCUGUGACAGACACCUCCCGUAGGGUACCAGGGGGCUCUCCAGCUGAAGUCUCUCUCCUGCCCCAUCUGGACAAUGCAUUGGGUGAUCCUUCAGUGGUUGCUGAUGGCUCCCCUGGUAGACAAAAUGGGAUUGUUGACUGGGAGAAGAGUGAAUAGAGUCAAAGCUGAGUUUUUUUUUUUUAAAUGGAAAUGCAAUUGAAUUGUAGCUGUUGUCAAGUGGUUCAGGAAUCCUUUCACAGUGGUGCAGAGCUCAGCAUGCUCAUUUUCCCAGUCCUUUCUCUUUCAUUUUCAGCCUGCAGCGAUAUGUCUUGGAGUGGGAAGGUCCUCAGUGAUGUGAAAGGGGCAACAUGACAAAUGUUUGGCUAUGCCAAAACUGUUAAAAUAUGAGGCAUGCAUCCAAGGAGGAGAUACUGUAAUAACUGGGAAAGAAGGGGACUACUCAGACUACUCAGUUUUUUGAGAUGGGUGAAAGGUGCAGGUCUGAGAUGCUUUGUCACAAAAUGGUUUCAUGAGAGAGGAGACACUCUGUUACCAGUAGUGGAACUUUCUUACCUUGGGAAGGAGGAAUGUUUCUACUGUGUUUGACAAGUGUCUGUGAUCAAAUCAGUUAAAAUUUCUGGUGUUGCCCAGCAGCUGUAUAUUGAAGAACAUUUUGGCAAACUAUAGGAAUUUUAGAUUCUGAGACAAAGACAAGAAAAAAUUGGGAAUUAUUUCUUAGGCGUGAAACCAUGCCUUGGGUCACUUAAAAGCAGUUUAUGAGAAAGGGCACAAAACGGGCCAUUGUUUAUCUGCUCAAAUGCAUAACUCCAACCUACUAAACAAUGGCAACAAAUCUAAAUAAUCAAAAGUAUUUCUGAUUUUAAUUAUGGCACUACUGCUGAAAUCAACAAAUGUAUGCAAAAGACAAAAAAAUUAUGUAAUCUUUGAAUGGUUUGAGUUGGAAUGGACCUUUAAAGAGCAUCCGGUUUCAACCUGCUGCCAUGGCAGGGACACCUUCCACUGGACCAGGUUGCUCAGAACUCUAUCCAGACUGGCCUUGAAAACUUCCAGGGCUGGAGCAUCCACAACUUGUCAGGGGUAACCUGUUUCGGUGCCUCACCACCCUCACAGGAAAGACUUUUUUCCCUGAUAUCUAAUCUAAACCUAUUCUCUUUCAGUUUGAAGCCAUUCCCACUUGUUCUAUCACUACAUGCUCUUGUAAAAAGUCCCACUGCACCUUUUUUGCUGGCUCCUUUCAGGUAAAAGAGAUUGCUUAAUAUAUGGUAUUUUUAAGGCAGUUGUUUAAGGUUAUUACAAUUUCUCUGGUUUCCUGUCCCAAGACUUAACAGGGUAAUGUGUUACAAUGAAGAUCUGAGGAGAGGGAAUUAUCAAUGAGACAAUCCUUUCCAGUAUGACUGCUUGCCCCUGGCCAGUUGGCUUGGUGACAUUUGGGUUUUUUCUUUGGGGGAUGACAUGAAGAUGGACUCUCCCUAGUGGAGAAGCAGUGGUUUGUGUGUGAAGUUUCAUUGGUGCUAAGCAGGAAACCCUGGGCAGGUGCAGCCAUGCCAGGGAGCCCUCCCAGUAAAAGGAAAAAAGUAGCAGUAAAUGGCAAAAUCUGUCUCUGAACAGUAAUCUUGCCAUUUGUCAGCUUGGAACUCCAAAUCAGUUAGGGAUUUUUUAAGUCUGUGUGAUAAGAAUGUACUCGUUUGGAGUUUUUAACUUCUCACUUUUAUUAGUAUUUUUCUUGCUAAGAGGUUUCAUUUAAUAAGAAAAGGGCUCUAGGUGUAACAUAACACAGAAUGUUUGAUGUUCCCUGGAUUUCCAGCUCUGCUUUUCUUCCCUCUCUUGUCCUUCAGGUAUGCAACCUAGGCUUGAAUGGCUUUUUCUUUUCUUCUGCAAGUUAGUAAGUAGUAAGUACAAUACAACUUGUAGUAUUUUUUUGUUAAUAGCUUGCCAUGUUGCAGAGCCUCCCUCUCUUUCUGCUGCUGGCACUUAAAUGCCACUGUGUUUUUGAUGGAUUCCUUCUGCGGCAUCUUUUUCCAGUGCGAUGCCUGAACCUGCACUUGGAAUGAAGCCUUGUUUCACUUGUGGCACAAGGGCUGUGUUUGCUUACAGGAAUGGUAAAUGCCAGCCCCAGUCCUGGCCUGGGCACAGGUGACAGGAGUGAGUCCGUGUGGCCCUGCGUGCUUCGCUGGUUUGCCGUGGAAGCAAGCAGUGUAGUAGGCAGAGAGAGGGGGUGGAAUGAGGGCAGCUGGAGCCUGCAUUGCACCGUGUUUCCUCUUCCCAUUUUUCCUCUGUGUGCUGCUCCGUGUGUGUGGGAAGUAGGGGGUGUCAGCUGAUGGUGAGGACAAAUCUCACUGGUGGAGGGGCAGGGGGAAGGUGCAGGACACACAAUGAAAGAUACAGAAACUGUUCUGUGGCAGUUCCCUGCUGGACCUGCCAUCCCCCUGGAUUCAUCUGUAGUGAUGUCGAUAUAAAAAAGCUUCCCCAUAUCCAACAUCACGGUGCCAGAAGAAAAUUAUUUUAAGAAAGAUACUGGGAAACCAGGAAGAUUUGAAAUUCCCCCAAUUUAUAUGCUAAGUUUUGAUGAAAUUCCAGAUUGGCAUGUCCUACGUGUAAGACUGUUUUCAGGGAUAGUUUACACGGAUCGUUUACUUUAAAUUGUUUGCAUAAUCAAGUACUAAAAAACCCCAGAAAAUGAAAUCAAAGCUGCAUUGGGAAAUAUGCUGUAAUCUCUUAGAAGCUUAUCUACUGCAUAUAUACACUUGUUUGUGCUUCUAACCAGCAUUGUCCCAGCAAAUGUAAAAAUAUUGCACAAAACAAAGAUUUUUUUUUUCCCUGCCUCUAUUAACUCCUGUGUAACUUCAAUUCAUCCCCAUUUCCUCCUUAAAAAGCAGGAAACCUGUGUAGUAGGAAUGGAGCAACAGGCUGGAAUGCCAAGGUAAGAGCAGCCUUUUCCCACAAAUAAAGGAUCCAAAAAGCAGCGGCUGUAAGACAAUCUGAAGAAUUAUCUAUGCAGAAUCACUUUCCACUGGUGUGUGGAGACCUGCCUAAAUUUAGUCAUCUUAAUGAGGACUUGGAGCCUUCAGUGUCUUAGUUCUGGUCUUGAACUGGGAUAGACAGACAGACAGAAAGUGUUCUCCUUAUUCCCUGUUUAAUAGCAGGGGCUGCCCUUGACUGAAAAUGAAGUGCUUGAAGCAAUUUAAGUUUAAAACAAGAUCUAGGACAUUUCCAAGGAUGAGUCCAGCUCAUACCAAUUCUAGGCACCCUCAAUGGCCAAGGCUUAGCUCCCUGCUCUUGGAUUUUGGUGCUCCUCAAGGCUUGUUUUCAGACAAUGAAUAUUCGUUUUCUCAUGUUUACAUUUCCUUUCACAGUAAAUUGCUUCCUGGUAUCUACAGCUGAAGUGAGGAUCUAUUUACAAUACAGAUCUAUGUUAAGUUACAGGUCCUCCAGAAUGGAGGGUUGGGGGUUGAAAUUACUUGGAGUAACUGUAUUACAUUACUAUUGCCCUGCUUAUGCUAGAAAAGCCAUCCCUCUGUUGAGGACAAGAGCUUUAAUCCAUUAAUUAGAUAGCUGAAUUUGAUAAGAAUCCUAUUUUUGUCCACAUCCCAGGAAUAGUUUGAAGAUGAGUGCUCUGCUCCAGUGUGAAAGGUAACCUCUUGCAGCUAAGUGUCAUACUUUAUUUAUCCUGAGGCACUGCCGAGUGCUGGACUGUACUACAAGCACUUACUUCUGGCAUUUGCACUUUUAUUCUGUACGUGACCAAUGCUUGAAUGCAAGACCAGGCAAGGUUUUAUGCCUUGAUGUUUUGGUUUUUUUAGAGUUACUUUGCAUACAAGUGCAUCGUAAUCUGUGGAUUUUCUAUUAUAUAUGUAAUGGUUUUUAUUCUGCUUGGUGUGGGUUUUACAUUGUACUGUGUAAUGUGACAUUUAAUACACUGACUGGUGUCUUGACUGUAAUAAAUUCGUAUCUGGAGAAGGCACUCAGGUUCCUUGAUGUAAAUAAAGUUUUAUUCUAUUUUUCAAA